AUGGAACCUCGGGCACUUAUUUUUUUCUCCCAAAAAUUCUUAUGACUAUCUCUUUGGAAUGACCAAGGUAAUAUGACUGAGGGAAAAUAAGGGAAACAUUGUGCUCAAGUCUGGACUUGCAUGUUGUUGCACAUCUGGUAAUACAAGCUCUGGAGAUCAGUCAAUCAUCUUACAAAUCAAUUGGCUUCUGGGUACAGCUGUUAACACCUGUCAACAUGAGUACCCUCAUUCAGUACAGGAAUUUGGGAAAAUCCGGACUACGUGUUUCCAACAUUGCCUUGGGAACAUGGGUGACAUUUGGGGCCCAGAUCACAGAUGAGAUGGCUGAGGAGAUUUUGACCCUGGCAUAUGAGAGUGGAAUCAAUUACUUUGAUACUGCGGAAGUUUACGCGGCUGGCAAAGCUGAGACUGUUCUUGGUAAAGUCUUGAAGAAGAAGGCUUGGAGACGUUCCAGCUACAUCGUGUCAACAAAGAUCUACUGGGGUGGCAAAGCUGAGACAGAGAAAGGGCUAUCCAGGAAACACAUCAUUGAAGGUCUGAAAGCUUCCCUGGAGCGCCUACAGCUGGAGUAUGUUGAUGUUGUGUUUGCUAACAAACCUGAUCCUCACACCCCCAUGGAAGAGAUUGUGAGAGCUUUCACUCACUGUAUCAACCAAGGCUGGGCCAUGUACUGGGGAACAUCCAGGUGGAGCCCAAUGGAGAUCAUGGAGGCGUAUUCCGUGGCUCGCCAGUUUAACCUCAUCCCACCAAUCGCUGAGCAGGCAGAGUAUCACCUGUUUCAGAGAGAGAAGGUGGAGCUUCAGAUGCCAGAACUCUAUCACAAAAUAGGUAUUGGUACAAUCACCUGGUCUCCCCUGGCUUGUGGUAUUUUGUCAGGGAAGUAUGAUGACGGGGUUCCUAUCUACUCCAGGGCAGCCAUGAAGGGUUAUGGCUGGCUGAAGGAAAAGAUACUGAGCGAGGAGGGAAGAAGACAGCAGGCCAAGCUGCGAGAAGUAGCACUCAUCGCAGAUAAGCUAAACUGUUCUCUCUCACAAUUGGCUAUUGCAUGGUGCCUGAAGAAUGAAAAUGUCCAGUGUGUCAUGUUAGGGGCCUCCUCAGUGGACCAGCUCUAUGAGAACAUACAGGCCUUACAGUAUGUGCCCAAACUGACGCCAGUGCUCAUGGGUGAGCUGGACAAGAUCCUAGGUAACAAGCCCGCGGUCAUACGAAGGGAGCCACCGCAAAGGUGACUAGAACCGAAACCUUCCACCUCACACAGCUCACGGCCCACCAUGUCCCACGGACAGGCAGGGGCGGGCAAUACGCCCCCAUGCGUCAUCCAGUAAUUACACACCCAGCCGAGAACACAGCCAGCACCAGUGAGAACUUCAAAUUAGACCGACUCCAAAAACCACAAUAUUCAUUAUUACAGAGGCACAGUUUUAUGUGAUACAAUCCCUGCAUUGUCAUUUAAAGGAUAAAUGAAAAGGAACUAUAAAACAAAAACUAGUGGAGAGUUUGAAACACAACAGCUUCAGAUCUCUCCUGAAAGAGAAUGGCUUUAUCAGCAGAGGUGUCCAGAGCAGUGAGUGAUGUUCCCGAUAUUACCAGACUUAAAUCUAGGCAGAAUGAUUCCCCCACCCCCCAGACAGGCAGACGGUUUUUACGACACAGCUAUAUGAAGCAACUACCGCUAUCAGCAGACGUCAUGCAAAAUGCGCGGGAAAUUUCUUUUAAGAGCAAUAAAUUUGAAACUGAUGUACUGAUGGAAGAGUACCUGAGUUGUAGGACUUGUCCAUACAUACCUACUCAGCCUGCCCGCAUUGAAUAGACCACGCACAGUAGAUCCCACCAUCUAGAUAAUAGGAUGUCGCAGUCAGCAAGUUCCUGUGCACAUGUCAGAACAGGCAUGCCAUGUGUAUGCCCUCCAUCAGCAGGUACUAUGCAUAAAUGAAACAUUGGUCCUCUACAUAUAUGGCUGUGAAAACAUAAACCUGCAUAUUGCUGUUAGGAAGGCUCAGGUGUCAUUUUUUGUUCAGGUGGAGACAUUGCCUGACUCAAACUGUGUGACAGUUGUGUGGCUUGAAAUAGUCAGUGACAGUCAGUACCUCUUGGCAGCCAGUACAGCAAGUAUGUAUUGGCUGAAUAUUGACAACGAGAAGUCUUCUUCAUUGUUAACAAUAUUCCAGUCCAGCUUUUCCCACCAACUACGACAACAUGUACACGUGCUAGGAUGACUAGCAGACUACAGUUCCUGCUGCACCAUGGUGUUGUGUCUAAAAACCUGACAGUCAGUGGUAUAAACCCAAUUCUGCCGUCUCCCAAAUUCAUUUCAUGCUGUUGUUCCCCGGACGUGUGAUAAUUAUCCGGCCGUGAAGCUUUCAAUCUUCGAGGUAAAAAAAAAAACUAUGACAUUUUUUGUCUGUAAGCCAGAUAGGUGUUACAGCUAUACUCGUUGUUUUAGAAUGGAUUCUGAGAGCGUGUAUGAGGAGAAACUCCGAAUCUCUUGUUGUAAAUAUACAAAUGGGAUCUUCUCUUGACACAAGAUCAAUUUUGACACAUUUUUCGAGCUUGUAUACUUCGGGGUGAAUUUGAUGUGCAGAGAUUUUUUUCCGAAAACUUUCAUGAAUGUCUAUUUGUGAUUAGGACUGAGCAUUUUUUCUACAUUCAUCAGUUCUCAUGGGAUUUCUGUAAACAAGUACAUGUACUUGUGCAUGCAUAACCUUGUAUGUGAGUUAAUGUUUGUUCAGUAUAGAAUGUCAGCAUGUACUUGUUCAUACCACAGGUAUAUGUAUUGUGUACCAUUAUACAUGUACAUAUUAUAGCAUUACCCCAUCCAACUUUUCUCUAUACAAAUACCUAUUAUUUGUUUCUCCAUUCAUUUGUAAUUUGUACUUGCAUUAUUGAAAUUAGACCAUACAAAUUUCAGGUACAUGUUAAUUUUUUAAUGAUCAGGCCACUGGUGAGUUGUAUGUUAGUUAUGACUACAGCAUCUUUUUUCACACAUUGUUAGAUUGACCUGUAUGCUCUUUUUGUGGAGGAUCAUCCAUUUCUCUGUACUUCAUAGUAACUUGUCCCGAAUCUGGUCUGUAGCUGUUGUAAUAAUAAUGUAAAAGACAGGC